AUGUCCGGCAUUGCUGUCUCUGACGAUUGCGUCCAGAAGUUCAACGAGCUCAAGCUCGGCCACCAGCACCGUUAUGUCACCUUCAAGAUGAACGCCUCCAACACCGAGGUGGUCGUCGAGCACGUCGGUGGCCCCAACGCCACCUACGAGGAUUUCAAGUCGCAGCUCCCCGAGAGGGACUGCCGCUAUGCCAUCUUCGACUACGAGUUCCAGGUUGACGGCGGUCAGAGGAACAAGAUCACCUUCAUCCUCUGGGCUCCCGACUCUGCCCCCAUCAAGUCCAAGAUGAUGUACACCUCCACCAAGGACUCCAUCAAGAAGAAGCUCGUCGGCAUUCAGGUUGAGGUCCAGGCCACCGACGCCGCUGAGAUCUCCGAGGAUGCCGUCUCCGAGAGGGCCAAGAAGGACGUCAAAUAG